AUGAUGUCAGCCGAAGAAGAAAUGGAAUAUCAGUCUUAUCCAUCUGCAUCAGUCAAUAUUCCAAUGUCUUCUGCUCGUCGUCGUUCAGUAUCUCGAAGACGUGAUCGUAGUUUGAAUUCUGUUCACUUUCAAAAUCUCAAUCGUACGUCUAAACGUGCAGCUUCUACACCGAAACCAACUCGUCCUAGUGGUCGUACUUUAAAUUAA